GCACACCGGUGGCAAUGAUGGCCAGCAGUGGCUGUGACGAGUCGCCCGCGCGGAGUCGGUCACAGGUCAUGCGCCGCAUGACAGACCUGCACGACGCGGAUUACAACGCGCAUCCCAGCGCGCAGAUAUCAGCGUUGCAGUAUACUAAGCGCGCGUCGCCGCAGGCCAGACAGUCAGAGCCAGACGCCAGCGUAGCCAAUCUGAUGAAGAAACUCAGCGAGAAGAGUGACAUAAACAUGGAUAUAGAGGUGGAGGUAGAUAUAGAGAUGGAGGUAGAUAUAGACACGGCAGCGUGUGUGGGUAUACAUAUACAAGCAGCGGAGGAGAGUGUCGCACCCGAGGCUGGUAGUGGACAAUUAACCGAGAGCUCGGAUGACACCACCAACCUGGACACCCGGACGUACCGCCAACAAACUCUCAGCGAAAGCACCAGUAUAAACAUAGGCAUCGAGAAACUGUCUGGGGUGACUAAAGACACCCAACCUGCACCUGCACCUGUUCCCAUAUGUAGGACCGCAUCCAACCACAGCCAUAUCGCCGCACAUUCGGACAGGGCAAGCGAGAAGGACGAUGAGUCUGGAGAUGGAGGUACAAGCAAUGUAGGUGUCAGUAGUGCAGGUACAAAUAGUGUAGGUGCAAAAAAUGUAGGUGGAAAUAGUGUAGCUACAAGUGUCUGCCUCAGGCGGCCGAGUGCGGCGAGUAUCCGAAGCGUGGAAAGCGGCACCAGUCUCGCGUCUGUGGAUGAUGCGGUGACGCGAUCUGGCAGCACCAGUUCUAACUUCUACAACACACGCCUGCCCAAUGUUAUUGACCUGUACUCAGACGGCGAUGAGAG